AUGGCUGUUCUUCCCAACACCUACAACGGCUCUGUCCCCAUCGCCGUCAUUGGCGGCACUGGGCUCCGUGAGCUGCCUGGCUUUACUCAAGUUGCCUCCCUGUCGAUCUCGACUCCCUGGGGUGAACCUUCCUCCCCCAUCACCAUCUUGCACCACCAGUGCAAGCACAAUAAUAAGACGGUUGCUGUCGCGUUCCUGAGCCGCCACGGCCCUCACCACCAGAUUGCCCCUCACGAGGUCCCCGCCCGUGCCAACAUUGCUGCUCUGCGUUCCAUCGGUGUCCGCAGCAUCAUCGCCUUUUCCGCCGUCGGCAGUCUCCAGGAGGAAAUUAAGCCCCGUGACUUUGUCAUCCCCGACCAGAUCAUCGACCGCACCAAGGGUGUGCGGCCGUGGACCUACUUCGAGGGCGGGGUGGUCGCCCACGUUCCCUUCGGUGACCCCUUCGAUGAGGGUAUCGCCAAGGUUGUCCGCGAGUGCGGACACAGCCUGGAGGGCGACGGUGUUAUCCUGCACGACCGGGGUACCAUUGUCUGCAUGGAGGGCCCUCAAUUCUCCACUCGCGCCGAGAGCAACAUGUACCGUGCCUGGGGCGGCAGCGUGAUCAACAUGUCCGUCCUGCCCGAGGCCAAGCUGGCCCGCGAGGCCGAGAUCGCCUACCAGAUGAUCUGCAUGUCCACUGACUACGACUGCUGGCACAGCUCCGCGGAUGUCACCGUCGAGAUGGUCAUGGGCAACAUGAAGGCCAAUGCCGACAACGCUCGUCGUUUCGUCACUGCUGUCCUCGAUGCCCUUGCGGCUGAUGAAAACGCCGAUCUUGUGCAGGCUAAGCACCUGGCUGGCGGUAUCAAGUUCGGUGUCAGCACUCCUCAGCCGGAGUGGAACCCCGAGGCUAAGAAGAAGCUGGAUUGGCUCUUCCCCGGCUAUUUUUAA